AUGUCUCCUUCCACUAUCAUUCUGAUCACUGGUGCCAACCAGGGCAUCGGCUACGCAUCAACCAAGGUCAUCGCCUCCAGCUCGGACAAGUACCACGUCAUCGUGACCGGGCGCACGCUGGAGAAGGCCGAGAAGGCCGUCGAGCAGCUCAAGGCCGAGGGCGGCCUCAAGGGCACCAUCUCGGCCCUGCAGCUCGACCAGACCGACGUCGCAUCCGUCGAGCGGGCAGCCGCGGCCGUCGACAAGGAGUUUGGCCGACUCGACGUGCUGGUCAACAACGGCGCCAUGGGCUGGGUCGACGACAUCGAGAACAGAAUGUACCAGUACUUUGUCGACAUCCUAGCCACCAACGUCGCCGGCCCCUUUCUCGUGUCGCGCACCUUCCGGCCGCUGCUCAAGAAGUCGUCGGAGCCGCGCUCCAUCUACGUCAGUAGCGGCAUGGGCUCGCACGAGUUCAUCAAGAACACGCCCGCCGCGGCCAAGAGCUAUGGCGAGAGUGGCAUCCCGUACCCGGUCACCAAGGCGGCGCUGAACAUGCUCGCCGAGCUCGAGGCGAUCGUGCACGGCGACGAGGUCAAGACCAAGGUGUUUUUGUUCUGCCCUGGCUUGGUGGUUUCCAACUUGAGGGGCAACUCGGAAGAGAUGAGGAGCAUGGGCGGCGCUGCUGGGGACCCGGCAGUCUCUGGGCAGACGCUUUUGACAAUUAUCGAGGGCAAGAGGGACGCUGACAUUGGAAAGGGUACAAUCCACAAGGAUGGUGUUUACCAGUGGUGA